CUACAGUCACUUCCAGUCAAACUCCUUCAGACAGUCAGAAAUCAGGAUGAUCGGUUUAGUGUUGGUGAUGGCCAUGGUGGUGACGGUACUGGGCCGGGGAGAGGAGGAUUACUACAAUGCUUAUGGCUUUACGAAGAUGAUGACUAACUGCUUCGGGAACGACCUUUACUACGACUAUAUUAGACGAGUAGGUUACGCCAAGCAGGAGUGUUCCCAGCAGCCAUUGGCUUAUCCUGGACAGUUUACCGGGAGUGGUGGAGUGCCCCAGCAGAGUGUGGCGCCGCUCCCCCAGCAGGUGUACGGGUACCCCAACACCCCCCUCUACCCCAACACCGGCCUCUACCCCCAAGUGUUCACCCUGCAACAACCCUGCCGUCAUCCUUCUUAA